CGUAGCAUUGAGUUUACACGACGCACAUAUAAAUACAAACACAAGUAUGUUAACAAACACACAGAACAAAAUACUAAAAUUCAAAACACCUGCAGAGCUCACGAGACAGAGUACUAGCUCCUUUCAACUAUCAUCAAUGGCUAAUGUUCUCAUCAACAGAAGAACAAGAAGAGCAGUGAAACCAGAGAACGCUAAAUGGAAGAGAUCAGAUUCCAAAUCCAAUACGAGUUCAGAGAAUAGUAACUUCUCAUGCAAGAAGCACACCAAACAUAGACAGUCUCCUGGAAUCUGUUCACUCUGUCUCACAGAGAGGCUCUCUAACUCUAAGCUGUCUCUGAAUUAUUACGACUACACUAAGAAAACAGAUCAAGCGUCGGGGUAUUGCGGCUCAUCAGCGUCUUCUUCUUCCUCGUCGGUCUCGUCUUGCUACUCUUCUUCAUCGGUCUCUUCUUGUUCGUCUCCUUUGCAGUAUCGGUUUAGAUCAGAGAAGAAGAAGGAUGGCAAGAAACAAAGCUUUUUGUUCAGAUUAUUACUCGGAUCCAUCGUAGACUAGUAUUAACUAGUUCUUUUAUUUCCAUCCAUAGUUUUAUAAGUUCAUCUUACUGCUUUCUGUAAAAUUCAUUAUUCUUCCAUCUUUUAUAUUUUCACUCGGCACUGUAAAAAAAAAGAAAAAAAGAUGCAAUAAA